CCUAUUUGUUCUUAUGCCAUAUGCUACUCACCAACAGUCACCACCAGCUCAAAACUACUACUACUAUACUAUACAGCUUCCUCCUCCUCCUCUUAAUUUCUUAUCCUCUUUCUCAAUGGAGUUAAGAACUACUUCUCUUCUUCUUCAAUCGUUCUAUUAUUAUUAUUCUCUUCCCCCGAGGUUUCUCAAUCUUAAUAAACCACCUUCUCCCUUCUCUUCCUCCUUAUCCAUCACUACUAAUUUACUUCGCUCUUUAUCUCACAAAGUUGAUCAAGCAGAUCAACAGCAUUCUUUUCCAAUUGCUGCUGGUGCUCGCGACAUAAGGAUGGUGCCGAAUUGCAUUGGUGAAGGGUUGUCGUGUGCGAGUACAUCUGGUUCUGCUUGUUCUUGUGAUGAUUCCAAUGGAGGAGAUGAGAGAAUGAAUGGUAAUGCCGACACAAGGUUUUCGGAUAACAGUCAAAUGAUUAGAGAUUGUGAUAAGCUAAUUGAGAUUUUCAUCGCGGAUGAGUCUGAAUUAACUGAUUGGAGAAAGUUGUUAGUUAACAAUAAUACUAAGUGGAGUCAUAUCAGACUCGACUUUUUCAGACACUGUCGAGAUAGAGCAGACAAUGAAAAUGAUCCGUUGAUGAAGAACAGGAUGCUAUUGCUUGGAAAUAAGCUUAAAGAGAUAGAUGCUGAUAUACAGAGGCACAAUCAACUUAUUGAAAUGAUCAAACGGACUCCAUCCGAAAUUACCGACAUUGUCUCCAGAAAUCGUAAAGAUUUCACUAAAGAUUUUUUUGUCCAUCUUCAUACAAUAGUCGAAUCUUAUAAUGAUAAUCCAAAAGCACAAACUGAUUUGGCAAAACUUCACAACACAUGCUUGGCUGCGGUAAAAGUCCACGACACUGCAACUGAGAGUAACGAAGCACUAAUUGCUGCAGAGUUGAACUUUCAAGACAUUAUCAAUUCUCCCAUGGAUGCUUCCGACCAGAAGAUAGACAAUUUCGCUGAGAAAGGUCAGUGCUUUGAUCCAGAAUCAGUAGCUCAUUGGCUGCGAUUGUGUUAUGAUGUGGAAGAAGUAGGAAGGGUACACACAAUUGUCUUGAAAUGUUUUAGAGGUUCAAGUACUUAUGUUGAUAAUAAUUUGAUUUGUAGUUAUUUAAGAUUAGGUAAGUUAGCUAAGGCUCGUAAAGUGUUUGACGGCAUGACAAUUAGAGAUACAGUUACAUGGACUGCUAUUAUUGACGGGUAUUUAAAAUAUAACUUGGAUGAUGAAGCUUUUGAGUUAUUUCAUGCUUCAAUUAAGCAUGGGGUUCAACCAAAUAGUAAGAUGUUUGUCUGUUUCAUGAAUUUGUGUUGUAAAAGAGUGGAUUUAGCAUUGGGGAAACAAAUUCAUGCCUGUAUCUUGAAAAGCAACUGGAGGAAUUUAAUCGUUGACAGUGCAAUUGUUAAUUUUUAUUCGAAAUGUGGUGAAAUAACAAGUGCAUUUAGAACGUUUGAUCGUAUGGAAAAACGAGAUGUGAUAUGUUGGACAACUAUAAUUACUGCUUGUUCCCAACAUGGGCUCGGACAUGAAGCCUUGUUGAUGUUGUCGCAGAUGCUAGGUGACGGGUACUUUCCUAAUGAAUAUACUAUAUGUGCUGGACUAAAGGCUUGUGGAGAAAAUAAAGCAUUGAAAUAUGGGACACAGCUACACGGCUCCAUAAUAAAGAAAAUCUGCAAGAGUGAUGUUUUUAUAGGAACUGGUCUAAUUGAUAUGUAUGCAAAAUGCGGGGAGAUUGUGAGUUCUAAAAAGGUGUUUGAUAGAAUGAGGGUUAGAAAUACAGCUACUUGGACGUCCAUUAUAUCAGGAUAUGUGCGAAAUGGGUUUAGCGAAGAGGCUUUAAACUUUUUUCGAGUAAUGAAAAGGAAAAAAGUGUAUGUUAAUAAAUUGACAGUGGUAUGUGUGUUGAUGGCUUGUGGCACAAUUAAGUCUUCACUCAUUGGAAGAGAGGUUCAUGCACAAAAAAUCAAAAGUAUUGUCCAUACUAACAUGUACAUAGAAAGCACUUUGGUAUGGUUCUAUUGCAGAUGUAAAGAAUACUCGCAUGCUUUAAAUGUGCUCAAACAUAUGCCUUUCAGGGAUGUUGUUUCAUGGACUGCCAUUAUCUCCGGGUGUGCUAGGCUCGGUCUUGAAACUGAGGCUCUGGAGUUUUUGCGCGAAAUGAUUGAGGAAGGUGUGUUACCUAAUUCCUAUACUUACUCAUCAGCUUUGAAAGCAUGUGCAAAAUUAGAAGCUCCAAUGCAAGGAAAAUUGAUUCAUUCCAAUGCAAGCAAGACCCCUGCACUGUUUAAUGUAUUUGUGAACAGUGCUUUAAUAUAUAUGUAUGCAAAAUGUGGAUAUAUUGCGGAUGCUUUUCAAGUUUUUGACACCAUGCCUGAGAGGAAUUUGGUUUCUUGGAAAGCCAUGAUCUUGGGUUAUGCAAGAAAUGGGCAUUGUAGAAAGGCUCUAAAGCUCAUGUAUAGAAUGCGAGCUGAAGGUUUUGUGGUGGAUGAUUAUAUUCUUGCGACAGUUCUUACUGCGUGCGGUGGCAUUGAUUGCGGAGACAUUGAUUGGGAUCUUGAGUCUUCUUCACAUGACUUGCAUUCCUCAUAAUCUUCUGCAAGAUUGUAGACUACAGGAUACACCUAAUUAGAUAUAGAGGAAAGAAAUCUUAUAGAAUUCAUUCAUUUCUGUUAUUGUUCAAAUUGGCAUCUAAUUAUUAUCUGUUACACACAAGACCUGUUAUAAUCCUCAACUUGCGCAAGCUUUAUUAUUUGGGGUGUUCUUCAUCCAAAUUCCAAUCAUUAACAAGAUGAUUCUGAAAUACCCUUUGGUUAUUCUGUUAUCUCAUCGAUGCCCUAUGUGAAAGUUGAAUCAGCAAUAUAUUCUAGUUGCACCAGAUGCGAGGCACAGUUUAUUUAUAUGCUUAUGAUUCAAGUUGAAACCAA